UAUUCUUGUUCGUGAAUGAGUCGUGGUCGCUGCGAUUGUAGAAAAUCGGUAAAACUCGAUUCGAGAUAUCUUCUUUAAAUGUCAAUUUUCUAUUGAUAGCUAAAAGUCGAACGGUACAAGUCACUAGUAACGUACGUAACUGAUUCCAUUAAAGAUGCAAACAAACAAUGUAUACAAAUAUGAAAACUAAGAAGAAACGCCAGUGUUAAGAAAUUUAAUUCUGUAGCUCUUCCAACGCAGGCUAUAGAAAUAAAUAUUGUGUAAAAAAUAAAAGUUCAGUUCAAUUGUUUUUAAUCAAUAUCAAAGGAAAAUUAGCAAAAAAUGUAAGUGUCCAAAUACUUUCCCAAAACGUUACCAAAACUUCAUAUGCGAAGAACUGCGCCGUUAACAGAGGCAAGGAGGGAAGAAAGAUAUAUGAUAUUAAAAAUUAUUAUUCAAAUUGAAGAUGUGAAAAAACGAGAGAAAAUCAAAGAAAAUAGUGAAAUGAAUUGAAUUUUUGGUUCGUGCUGCUACUGCUACUGCUGCUGCUGCUGCUGCGAGAGACGCUACUUUGGGAAGACGUGCGUUGCGUGAGUGCAUUUAGUGGAAAAUUCAAUGAAAAUUUCUAUUGAAGCAAUAAUUUUCGGAUUUUCGGAUCAGUUAUGACAAUCAGUUAUGUGCAGUAAUUCCCAAUAAUUGCAAACAAAAGUGAAAACCUCAAACCGAUAGCUAAUCCAAGUAAUUGCCUCAAGACAAGGAGUGCAGUUCAAUAAAAAAAACUUUUGAAAUUUUCAUUGCAAGUCAAGUGCAUCGCUCGUGUGUGGGCUGCGAUCCUUGCGAGGGUUUAAUAUGACGAUUUGUGUAUUAUACGUUUUAAAUAUGUUUUAAUGUUAUUAAUUAUAAAAAAGUUCAAAUAAAUAAAAUUGAUUUAGCAAAAAAACAUUAUUUUUUAUGCGAAUUGGCGCGCUUCUUGGUCGCUUGGCAGUUAUAGUUUUUUUUUUUAAAUUGAAAAAUCAAUUCACUUUUUCACUCAAAAUUGGUCAAUUAGGGAAAACAUAAUCUCAACGAAAUUAUUUAUCAUUUACCAGCAAAUAUAGAGCGUAGUGCUUAUUCUUUAAUUAUAAAUAUAUAUCUUAUUUCGUUUUCAUUCCCAAACUCCAAGUAAUCAAUGAUGCACACUGAACAGUCCCGCAUCCGAGAAAAUUCAACAUUAUACAGCAACCCUAAUCGCAGCGAUCACUUCCAGAAGUUACUUGUGAAAGCACUCUAAGCAUUCUAAGCAUCCCAGCACAACAAGCGAAUCCGCAAUAAAAAUUAUACUUAUAUCAAUCAACAAAACAUAUCCGCCCACAACGCGUAUUGCAAAUCUACAAUAAAUAGAAUAGAUAAAUAGAAAAUUACAUUGAGAACACGAAACUGAAAUUAUGGAUUGGAUUAUCAGCGAUGAGAUGGGCCUUACGGUAGGCCAUGUUGUGGGCUGGGCUGCAGCUUCGGCUAUGGUCAUUGGUGGUGUGAUACCAUAUGUGCCGCAGUACCGUGAAAUCAAAAAGACACAGGAUGCAGAUGGCUUCUCCCUGCACGUAUGCUUCGCUCUUCUAAUCGCGAAUUCUUUAAGAAUAUUAUUUUGGUUUUCCAAGCGUUAUGAGCUUCCUCUUCUCGUCCAAAGUGUUGUUAUGAACAUAACCAUGUUCCUGAUGAUACAUCUUUGCGUUAAAGUAAAACGAUUAAAUGCCUCCAAUAGAGAACGCACCUUUUCAGGCGAUGACCUCCGCUUACCGAAAGUGAUGACAGAUACAGAUACUGCUGGUUCAGUUUCCACAGACGCUACAGUCUUAAAGCGUUCGCGUUCAAGACAUUAUCUAAGUGAUCUCGAUUUAAAAUUUUUUUGGAAUUGGACCGAUUUUCAAUCAUAUUUAGAUUUUAUGCUCUUGGUUUGGGCAAUCGGAGCAGCAAUUACAUAUCUAAUGUUAUCUGUGGACUGGUUUAUGGAGACAGUAGGUUUUUUUGCUGUCUUCACAGAGGCUAUGUUAGGAGCGCCUCAAUUCCUACGAAAUUUUAAGAAUAAAUCAACAUAUGGAAUGAGUAUACACAUGGUCAUAAUGUGGACACUUGGUGAUAUGUUUAAGACUGGUUAUUUUAUUGUUAGAAAAGCUCCUUCGCAAUUUUGGAUAUGCGGGACACUGCAGGUCAGUUUAGAUAUAGCAAUAUUACUCCAAGUCUGGAUAUAUCGGAAGAACUCCAAAGCACGUGAAAUACGCCGUGGAGAUUAGCAGUUUGCCCCCGAAGAACAACAACAACGAUCUCCACAAGAUUUACCCGACACAAUGACAAAUAUUAAUUCCGAUAACAAUCAAUCUCUGCCGAACACCAUUAGUAGCGGUGAUGAUCAUUUGCUAACAGCCGACGCUGACGACAAGCACUUCCGUUACAUGAAUCAUGAAUACAAAAAUUAUCAUGACAACCGAGCCUUCCAAUAUCACAAUAACAAUUCAUUACCUAAAUCUAAAGCAAAAAUAAUUCAUCCACAUAACAACGAUGAACUUAAUGUAGUUAUAAUACAGCAACGGAAAAGUAUGAAAACGGAAAGUGGAAAUUCAAUGGUCAAUAAAAAAGACAACAGUGGCGGAAUUCGAGCAACUUGUAGACGUCAUACGCGUACAAAAGCCACCAGACAACGACAUAAUGCUACACAAACAGCCGAUUCUGGUAUGGGUUGGAAAUCGCACAGUAACUGUAGCAUACAUGGAUGUAGGAGUUGCUAUGGAAUAAGUACUAAUACCAUUUGUUGUAAUAAAAAUACCAAUAAUUGCUGCAGUGUAUCUACCGCCAAAACAGAACACAAAGGUAUUGUUAAUAAUGAAAUUCCCACUGAAGUCACUUGUCAUUGUCAUAUAACACAUCACUGCCAUCAUCAUUACUCGCCUAUCAGUGGCUCAGCAGUAAUGACAGAUGGAGGCAAAGAUAAUGAUUAUAAAACUCAAACAGCACAGCGACGACGAGAGCUGCGAAGCAAGCGCAAAAAUUGUGAAAGGCUGAAACGUUCAAGUACUCAACAUAAGCAUCGGCAUCAUCAUCACCAACAACACUGCAACCAACAAGAUCAUCAUCUUCCAAUCUAUAUAACAAAUACAAAGUCUUCCUUUGAAUCAAGCGAUGAGCACAUAGAUCAUUGCCCAGCACAAUAUGGCCGACACAAUAGUAGCAAACGAAACGAAAUUGCCAUUGAAAUCGAUGCAGCUACUAUGACUGAGGGUAAUACCAGCACAGCAACUUCCAAUUUUGCUUAUAAAAUGGCGGCAGAUAACGCAGCUCCAAUUAUAAUGGUUCCGGUUCAUACUGAAAUGCGUAAGCAUCGACGGAGUUCGCUGAACUCGAAUACCACAAUUGAAACAGAUGAAUUGUCACAUAAUAAUGAUGAGAUAUUAACAAAUGCUGAUGUAUGCAACAUAGCAAAUGAGUCCUCAACAGUCGCACCACGCGCCAUUUGCUGUAAUGACAAAAACUAUUGCUGCAAUAUAGUCCCAGCUUCACAGACCAACAAUGACUCUCAUGCACAAAAUGAGUGUGUCAAAAUCAAACGUAAACGAUUUAUACAGUCAGCAAAACUCAAUUCAAAUAGUUCUCACUGUUCAUGCUGUUCAAGUUGCUCUUGCCAGCAAGAUCGAACGAGUAGUUGUAGCAGUAUAGAUGAUUUCGCUACUGAUGAUGUGCAACCGCAUGAAUUUACUGUGUCAGCUGAUUGUCAUCACUGUAAUAUACAACGUCAGUCAAGUGCAUCAACCAUUGAUGACUACGAUGAUGUUUCAUUAAGCAAAGAACUACAAAUAUCUUCAAUGCAACGAGGCGCUCAAGAUCAAACAUCAGACAGUUCAACGCGUACUAGUCGCCGUAGCAGUGCCACUUUCUGUUCAUGCAACUCAGCUAAUUGUUGUUAUUGCAGUUGCAGUUGCGAUGAAUGUGAGACUGGCCAAAUGUGUACUGCUCGAGAUGAAACUAUUACAAACACAGAUAAAAUAACUGCACAUAUGCCUACAGAAUAUGAUGACCCACAUUCGAGUACGUUAACACCAGUAACUACAAAUCCCUCUUCGUUGGUAUCAACUCCUCAUGGAGAUGAUGCAGAUGUGACCAUUAGAAGUUUAAGUAACGUACUAGGUGAACCAGAUGCAUCGUCACUAAGUCAGUCAGCAGAAUAUUUCUCUCUUUCAUCCUGCAAUCAAAGUUCUCAACAAGCUACUCCGAAUCACACUGCUACUGCGCCGAUAAUUAAGACAACUAGUACAGCUGCAACAAGUCACAAAACUUGCAAGCAUUACAGCAAACAUCAUCGACAUAAACGUGACUCUCCGCCAAUUGAUUCCUAUUUAUGACGAAGUAUAUCGCUGGUCUCGUGGCCAGCAAUUGAUGUAAACGCGCUGUUGCAGCAAACCAUUAGAAAAUCAGCCAUCUUACAUGAAACAUUGGCUGCUGAUGAUAACCAACAAUAUCGACAACAGAAACAACAAAAACAACAGCUGCAAAUAAUGCAGCAUAACACCAGUCAGCAGCAACAACGUCAUGGCAGUAACGACAGCUCUACGGCAACUUUGACUCCAACAAUUAUUACAAUUGCUAAAUUCCCGCCGUCCUACAACAACGCAAGCAUUAGCACCGGUAUUGGUGCGAGUUCUAAUUCCGCGACUUCGUCCUCUUCACAACAACUAUCUUCACUACAAUCGCUAGCAGCUAUAACUGCUGUAACAACGAUCUGUGGAAAUAAUGGCGCUUCUGUCAUAACAACUGCUUCAGCACCUAGUAGCGGACGUGCCAAACGCACUUCCAAAUUUUCACCAGUAGCCGCUGAAGCUUUUAGCUGUGAUCCAAUGCUAUUUGCACAAGAACGCCGCUCUACAGAAAUCAUUUUAUAGCAACUUUGUUCAAACUUAACACCUGAUGCGGGUGCAGUUCGGAAAGUUUUGACAGCUAUUUUUAAUCACAUAAUGAAUCAGAUUUUAUGUAUACUGCGUUUGCUAGAGUGCAAAGCUUUGUCGUUGGUAGACAGAUCAGUAGUGCAACAGCAGCACAAAUACGGAAUGUGAACUAGUAUUUUAUAUGUUCCACAUAAUAUCGGAACUGAAUGCACAUAUAUUUCUGAUGUAACGUUCUGAACUAUAAGGAAUGCUUUUCUGAUUACUUCGUUUUAUGGUUUUAUGGUUUGGCAGUCUUGUGUGUGUGUGUAAGCACUGAGAAUAUUCUAAUUUUUGUAUAAAUUAAUUUGUCAAAAGAUCAACUUUCGGAUAUGUUCAUACAGGCAUUAAGUUAGUGAAUAGGAAUUUAAAAUUAUUAAUAACAUAUUUAUUGAUCACUAAUUCAUUAAUAUAUACAUAUAUAAUUAAAUAAUUUGUAUACGAACCACAGUUCGAAAUAUAAUAACUAUCAAACAUUUUGUGAGACUUUGUAUUGUUUAUAUGUUGUUUCUCGGGGGUUAACUUUAAAUAACAGUUAAUGUAAUUUAUUUUGAGUUAUUUUUUAUUUUUAUUCAAGAAUUUGAAAAACAAA